CAGAGAAAAUCCCCUCGCGUACCUUAUCAGCACCGCUUGGAUCUGGGCGACUGAAAGGUGGGGCUAUAUAAGCUGUAAAGAUUUUCUAGACAUGGCAUUCUUUUCUGAGAAGCACCACCAGCAAGGCUUACUUUAGUCCCAGAAAUACUCAAGCACUAUCAUAUCAUGAACUUCUACAAGAUCUUUGUCUUCGUUGCCCUUAUCCUGGCCAUCAGCGUGGGAGAAUCGGAGGCUGGUUGGCUGAAGAAGAUUGGCAAGAAAAUCGAACGCGUUGGCCAGCACACUCGGGAUGCCACCAUCCAGGGUCUGGGCGUUGCUCAACAAGCAGCCAAUGUAGCUGCCACUGCUCGAGGAUGAAGGACCUAUUGGGACCCGAACCUUAUUAUAAACAUUCAACAUUAUUUUAUUAAACUGUAUUUCUUGACCUUAGUAAAUAAACCAACUAAA